AUGUUUUUAUUUGUUGGCUUUAUGAUUUUCCCAAUUCUAUCAAAGCUAAAAAUACACCUUAAAACACACACUGGAGAGAAUCUGUAUCCCUGUAAUGACUGUGGGAAGAGAUUCACAACAUCAAGGUCUCUGACAGUUCAUCAGAGAGUGCACACAGGAGAGAAGCGUUACUCCUGCUCUGACUGUGGAAAGAGUUUCUCUCGACAGGGCAACUUAAAAACACAUGAACGUAUACAUACAGGAAUGAAACCUUACUCCUGCUCUGUCUGUGGAAUGAGUUUCUCUCGACUAGGCGACUUAAAAACACAUGAAGGUAUACAUACUGGAGUGAAGCCUUACUCCUGCUCUGACUGUGGAAAGAGUUUCUCUCGACUGUGUCACUUAAAAACACAUGCACGUAUACAUACAGGUGUGAAACCUUACUUCUGCUCUGACUGUGGAAAUCAUUUCUCUCGACUGGGCAACUUAAAAACACAUGAACGCAUACAUACAGGAGUGAAGCCUUACUCCUGCUCUGACUGUGGAAAGAGUUUCUCUCGACUGGGUGACUUAAAAACACAUGAACGUAUACAUACAGGAGUGAAUUCUUACUCCUGCUCUGAAUGUGGAAAGAGUUUCACUCGACUGGGCCAUUUAAAAACACAUGAACGUAUACAUACAGGAGUGAAGCCUUACUCCUGCUUUGACUGUGGAAAAAGUUUCUCUCGACUGGAAAACUUAAGAAGACAUGAACGUAUACAUACAGGAGUGAAGCCUUACUCCUGCUCUGACUGUGUAAAAUGCUUCACAACAUCAACUGACCUAAAAGUUCAUCAGAGAACACACACAGGAGAGAAGCCUUACUCCUGCUCUGACUGUGGAACGAGUUUCUCUCGAAUGGCCCAGUUAAAAAGACACCAAGACUGACCAGGUGAACCCAGGUGGGCUAAGGAAUGAAAACACUGGACACUGGAACAUUUGAAAACUAUUGCCUGGUCUGAUGAAUCCUGGUUCCUGCUGUUUCACGCUGAUGGGAGGACUAGGGUAUGGAGGAAACCAUGAGUACAUGCAUCCAGUGGUGGAAAAAGUAACUAACUGUCAUACUUGAGUGAAAGUAAUGAUACCUUAAUAGAAAAUGACUCACGUAAAAGUGAGUCACCCAGUAAAAUACUACUUCAGUAAAAGUCUAAAAGUUUUUGGUUGUAAAUAUACUUAAGUAUCAAAAGUAAAUGUAAUUGCUAAAAUAUACUUCAUCAAAAGUAAAACAAUGAAUCAUUUCAAAUUCCUUAAAUGUAUAAAUCUUCUUCGGGAUCGGCUAACGUGGGCUAAUGCGAUUAGCAUGAGGUUGUAAGUGACAAGACAAUUUCCCAGGACAUAGACAUAUCUGAUAUUGUCAGAAAGCUUAAAUUCUUGUUAAUCUAACUGUACUGUCCAAUUUACAGUAGCUAUUACAGUGAAAGUAUACCAUGCUAUUGUUUGAGGAGAGUGCACAAUUUUGAACAUGAAAAGUUAUUAAUGAACAAAUUAAGCAGAUUUGGGCAGUCUUGACACAAAUUUUGAACAGAAAUGCAAUGGUUCAUUGGAUCAGUCUAAAACAUUGCACAUACACUGAUGUCAUCUAGAGGCAAGCAUCUACAUUGCACCUGGGCUGGAAUAAUACAUUAUGGCCUUUCUCUUAUAUUAAAAAAAAUAUAUACAAACGAGCGGUUGUUUUUUCUAUGUAUUAUCUUUUACCAGAUCUAUUGUGUUAUAUUCUACUACUUUCGUUUCACAUUUCCAUAAACUUCAAAGUGUUGCCUUUCAAAUGGUACUAAGAAUAUGCAUAUCCUUGCUUCAGGGCCUGAGCUACAAGCAGUUAGAUUUGGGUAUGUCAUUUUAGGCGAAAAUUGAAAAAAAGGGGCUAAUCUGCAAACCAGAUGACACAAUUGUCUUGUUUUUUAAAUAUUACAGAUAGCCAGGGGCACACUCCAACACAGUGAGUCUGCCAGAUCAGAGAUCAGGGAUGUUAUCUUGAUAAGUAUGUGAAUUGAAUCAUUUUCUCUCCUGCUAAUCAUAAAAAAAUGUAAGGAGUACUUUUGGGUGUCAGGGAAAAUGUAUGGAGUAAAAAGUACAUUAUUUUCUUUAGGAAUGUAGUGAAAUAAAAGUUGCCAAAAAAAGUCAAGUACAGAUACUACUAAAGUAGUUAUUUAAAUGAUUUUUACUUCAGUACUUUACACCACUGUAUGCAUCCAUGCCGUGUGUCAGCAUUGCAGGCUGGUGGUGUGAUGGCGUAGGGUGUGUUUUCAGGGCACACAUUGGGCCCCUUGACAAAAGUUCAGCAAUGUUUGAAUGCUACAGGAUAUCUAAAGAAUCCUUGCCGAUCAGUGUAUCCUUCUGCAAAUAUAUAUUUUCAGCAGGAUUAUGCCCCAUGCCACAAGGCUUGUUCAGGAAUGGUUCCAAGAACAUGACAGUGAAUUCAGCUUACUGCAGUGGCCUGCCGAGUCACCAGAUCUCAAUCCAAUUGUGCAUCUGUGGGAGGAGAUGGAACAAGCUAUUCAGAGUAGAGAUCCACUCCCAGCCAACUUGACACAAUUGUGGGAAGCAUUGGAGUCAACAUGGACCAGCAUCCCUGUGGAACACUCAACACCUUGGACAGUCUAUGCCCCAACGAAUUGAGGAUGUUCUGAGGACAAAGGGGGGUGCAACUCAAUAUUAGGAAGGUGGUCCUAAUGUUUGUGCACUCAGUGUAUAUCAGAAAGGAUGGUGUGAUGAUCAGUUUUUAGCGUUGGUUUGGGUGGAUUAUUUUAUAUUACUAAACAACUUUUGUUUAAUGAUAAACAGGCUAUGAAUCAUCUAAUUGUGUUUAUUAAAUUGUAUUUUAAUACUAGUUUUAUUAUUUUAGUCAUUGAUGAUGAAUGUAUUUGAAUAACUGUAUUGAAGUUAAUUGAUCUAGUGGUUAAGAGUGUUGGGCCAGUAACUGAAAGGUCGCUGGUUUGAAUCCUGAGCCGACUAGGUGAAAAAUCUGUCAUUGUGCCCUUGAGCAAGGCAAUUAACCCUUAUUUGUCCUGUAAGUCGCUCUGGAUAAGAGCAUCUGCUAAAUGACAAGAAUGUAAUGAAAAAUAAUGUUUGUACAUGAAUUCGUGCUGGGAAACCACUUUUUUCUCAUGUAUAUAAUUAAAUUAAAUGUUUUUAGUGAAAUACAACAUUACCGCUUUGUUCACCCUGGCCAGAGGGACAGGACCAUAGUAGGCUAGAGCAGCUAAGUUAAUGUUAAUGUUAGCUAGCUAGUUAGCUAGCAUGCAAGUAUCCAGGCAGAGUUGCUAAUGUUAGCAUAGAGAAAAUAAUAGCUUGCGACAUUAACAGAAACUAAUAAUUAAUAUAACAACCUUAUCAAAUUACAAACGUUUUCAAAAAUGUUGUUGCUUACAAUUAUCCGCGUGUCGUUGUUAGACCAUCUUGAGGAACAAAUGUCGGGUGAAUGACUUGCUCUUUCUGCUUCUCCCAGUUUUGAGACAUGACGGUUAUACAUUGUAAUAAAUUCCGUUGUGAUAUUGUAAACUAAUUAUUUGAAAUUACAGGUAACUUUCAGUCAUUCUGUCUAUAUCAGAACAUCUAACAUUUUUUAUUUUAAAUCAAUAUAUUUUAUUAUAUUGUGUAUAUAAUUUCGGAGCAGGGCACCGAUUAAAGGUGUUAUAUCUGGAGUUUGGUUGGAUAUUGAGGUUCAUGUCUUAAGCAGAAGAUUUCUGGAGGGGUUGGAGCACUAAACCCUGUAGUAGAUGGAAAGAAGGAAGAAAGUCAAUCCGUUUUACUGUUGUUUGAAGAAUAGUAUCUGUCUACUAACGAGGUAAAGUUGGUUUUAUAUUCACACAUUCUGACAUUCAACAGACAUUCGCCAAAAGCCAUUUGAAAUUGUAAAAAUCAAUAACUAAUGAAUUGAUUGUCACAGAAAUAUAAAAAUAUUUAUGGUUUAUUCUAUAAAUGUCGAGCAUACUUUUACAACCUUUGUUUUGAAUAAACAUCCAGUUUUGAUUUGAUGGAAAUAUAUAAAAUCUUAAAUUCUAUUUAAAGCUGUAUAAAUCAAUAACUAAUUCACCCGUUGUCACAGAAUCAUCAAACUAGAUAUGAUUUAUUCAAACGAUUUAUAUUGCCUGUAUACUCAACGAUGAUUAGCACCUCAGUUAUGUGUGCUUCUGUCAGGGUUCUGGUCAAAUGCAUGUCCUUUAAAGUCAAUUUAGCAAUUGAACAAAAAUAACAUUCAAUUUGAAAAUGUUCCUAAUUGCAAAAGCAUGUAACAGAAUUUGUGUAUUCCAGAACUGUUAUUUACAUGUAAAUAAACAUAACCCUGUUUUAUGUCUUUAA